CAUAGUUUCGCUUUAAAUGUUUAAAUGCUUAUAGGGCCCCUUUUCCGGCGAGUAAUCGGGGUCGGCGAUGACAUCAUCCAGUGGUUUCCCGUCAAAGUCGGUCGGACUCUUCUUCUCCGUCCACUGCGGCACCUUCAUCCUCUGCACCCACAUUCCAUCUGUUUUUCAAGGUCUCCGAUAAUCGCUCCACUUCGCCUACAUUGACAAUAAUUUGGUUAGGCGCCUCACCCACGAUCGUCUGGGAAUCGCCGAGUUUGACGCCCCAGAGUAUUUUGAGGCGCUGAAACGGCCGGAUAGGGAGGUGCGUGACUUUGGCAACAAGAAUCGCGAGAUGCUGCUGAUUCGCGUCUCCGAGUCCGAGGACCGCACCACGCAUGUGCUGAUGCGGGCCACCCUCGGAUGCAUGAUCGAGCCAUUUCGCUGUCCGUUUCGUUUCACGGAGAACGCCGCGGACGAGUGUAAGAAAUUCCACGCGGGCUUCCCGCAGGGUCUAAGGCCCAUCUGGAGGGCAGUCAACACGAACUGCACAACGUACAGCUGAAUUUCCACUGUCUCUGUCCGGCCGAGCACAACAACGGCAUCCCCUGUACCUUCGUCGCGUUCGACCCGUUCGGAGACAUUUUAGACCACCACAUUUAUACCACCCAUCCGGUGUACUACGAGAGGAUGUUCGAGGCGCUGUGCAAGCAGUGGAAGAAGAGAAGCGGUCCGAUGAAUCUUAAAAUCGUGCGCAAAGAGAGGAACAAGAUGUUCCCCGAGUGGACCAGCGAUUUGACGCAGCUCUUCCCCAGCCAGAUCAUUCCCGACAAGAUCAUAACCCCCACCGUUAUCAAGGGGGGAAAAGUGGAGUACGUCUGCAACGUGGAGUCGUGUGCUGAGGCCGAUGUGUCGUUCCCUCAUUCCGGCUUCCUUUAUCUGCACUUCCAGCAGCAUCAUAGCCAUCGCUACGGUCUGCCGACAAAAUUCUAUUACGCCUGCGUUGACAAGAACUGUAGGGUGCGCACGUCGGACAUCGACGACCAGAUGGAGGCGCAUAUCAAGGCCGAGCAUCCGCAGCUUCUCGAUCCGGAUGUCACUUUUUCAGUAGCGGCGAUGCAGCACCGGGCGGCGCUGGAAGCGAGGAUCACGGAGCGGCGCCUCGGGGAGACCAUAAGCAGCAGCGUCGACACCCAGGAAACGUCCGACUGUUUUCUCCGCAGUUUCCAAUGUCCCGUGCCGGAUUGCCGCGUUGAAUAUGAGCAGCAUGACCACAUUGUCUGGCACAUCGGCGCUGAUCACGAGAAAGACUGGAAUCACGGCGCGCUCCCUCAACCAUAACAUAUGAUCAUUUUAUCUUCUCCAGCUGGAAAUUAGGAUUUCCGGUGCGGUUUGCAGUACCUUGUUCAU